AUGAUGCAAUUUUUCAAGGAGAACACCGCGUGGUUGGUUGGCACCGGGGAGAAUAUCAAUUUAUUGUUGGAUAAUUGGUGUGGGAAAAGGGUGGCUGACUUGCUCCAGAUCCCGCAAACUCAUUACAGUAAGCUAAAUUCCAAGCUUAGUUGCAUCAUCAGCAACAACCAAUUGGCGGUCAUUUCCUCUCUUCUUACUCUGAUUCCUGAGCUCAUGAACUAUAUCAAGGAUAUAAUGGUUGCUAAGAAUAAGAAUGAUAUGAAUGUUUGGUGCCCCGAAUCUGACUGUAUUUUAAUGUUGAAAAGGGCCUACUUGCAUUUGACAGGCACUCCUCCAUCCGUUUCAUGA